AGACGGCAAGCUUUUUGCUGGACCAAGCUUGCUGCGUCAGGCAUUAAGGACACUGCCAUGAGUUACAGCAUUGUCGGGGAAAAAGAAGCUCCAAAAAUUGAAAACGCAAUUAAAGUCCAACAGCUUCCAUUCAGGGAUCCUGCAAUCUAGGGUUCGUCUUUCUGGUGUCUCUGUCAAACCAAAGCUUUAGGAGAUGGAAAGCAUGCGCAGCUUUUGGCAGCUAGGAGAUGAGCUUCGAGGACAAUCGAAAGCUUCAGAGGAUCAGAAGUGGUUCAUGGCUGCAUCUAAACUAGCUGACCAGACUAGAUCCAAGGGUGAACGUUCGAAUAAUCUUGAUCUAUCAAAGGGUCUAGUUGAAACAAGGCCAAGGGAGAAAUUUGGGUUUCAAGAGGAGAACAAGUUUGAGACUUUUAACUUCAACAUGAUGAACUCGGAGCUCAAGUUCAAUGCUGUCUAUGAUUUUAAUGUUAUUGGCCAGAAACACCUUAGUGGGGGCAAAUUUAGCUACAAUCAGUUCACCAACAGAGAAGGCAACAACUUUAGCAGCACUCAUAACAAUGACUCUAUGAAUGUUGCUGCAGACAAAAGGUUUAAGACCUUACCUGCCUCGGAGUGCCUCCCAAAGAGUGAAGUGCUCGGAGGUUAUAUCUUUGUUUGUAACAAUGACACAAUGCUAGAAGAUCUGAAGCACCAGCUCUUUGGUUUGCCACCGAGAUACAGGGACUCGGUUAGGACGAUAACACCUGGCCUGCCUCUGUUUCUCUACAACUACACAACUCAUCAGUUGCAUGGAAUUUUCGAGGCAACAACCUUUGGAGGUUCAAACAUUGACCCUACUGCUUGGGAGGACAAGAAAUGCAGAGGAGAAUCCAGAUUUCCUGCACAGGUGAGAAUUCGUGUAAGGAAACUGUACAAAGCUUUGGAAGAGGAUGCUUUCAGGCCGGUUUUGCACCACUAUGAUGGUCCCAAGUUUCGACUCGAGCUCACCAUCCCUGAGACACUGGCUCUGCUGGAUCUCUGUGAACAAGCAGGUUCUCCCUAAGCUCAAAGCCCCUGCGGAUCCCAUUUACAUCGGGGACUUAGUGUCUGAUUAUUCCAAGGCUUCAAGUGUGUAUUUGUAUGUGUGCUUUCUACAUAAAAGUAGAAUAUAAAAGUCUCACAACAAAAUAAAAGAUUCAUGUGUAA